CCCUGGUUUCCAUGGCAGCCGCUCACCGCUGCUCCCCCCGCAGCCAUUACGUCCAUUACAACCUCAGGGUGGUGACCCCCCCGUCCCCGCGCCCCACGGCGCCGCCCCACGGCACCCAGCUGCCCCACAUCCUGCAGCUGGACGGGGUGGACGAUGGGGACAAAGGGCCGGGGGGACAAGAUGGCGGCGCCGCCCCAACCCAACAUCUGCCCUCAGACAUCAUGGAGUUCGUCCUACACAACAUGGAGGGCAACAAGGGGGCACCCAAUGGGGAUGGGGCACCCUACGGGGCACCCAAUGGGGACGGAGCACCCUAUGGGGCACCCAAUGGGGACGGGGCACCCUAUGGGGCACCCAAUGGGGACGGAGCACCCUAUGGGGCACCCAAUGGGGACGGGGCACCCUAUGGGGCACCCAAUGGGGAUGGAGCAUCCUAUGGGGCACCCAGUGGGGAUGGAGCACCCUAUGGGGCACCCAAUGGGGAUGGAGCACCAUAUGGGGCACCCAAUGGGGACGGAGCACCCUAUGGGGCACCCAAUGGGGACGGAGCAUCCUAUGGGGACAGGGAACCCAUUGGGGAUAGAGCACCCAAUGGGGAUGGGGCAUGGAGGGAGAUGGGGGGGGAUGGGGGGGACCUAUUGAUGGCCCCCAGGGGGACGAGGGGUGGGGGAGGUUGGGGGGGAGAGGAGUGGGGCACCCAUUGGGGUGAUGGCGGCUGGGACCAUGGAGGAGGGGGCACCCAUCAAGAUGGCGCCCAUGGAGGGGGCACCCAGAGCCACAGCGAUGUCACCUGGGGAGACGUCACCUGGAACCACAUCAGUGAUGGGCACCAACAUGGCGGCUCCCAACAUGGCGGCUCCCAACAUGGCGGCUCCCAACAUGGUGGCACCCAACAUGGCGGCACCCAACAUGGCGGCACCCAACAUGGCGUCACCCAUCAUGGAGCCACCCAACAUGGUGUCACCCAACAUGGCGCCCCCCAACAUGGCGGCUCCCAACAUGGCGUCACCCAUCAUGGAGCCACCCAACAUGGUGGCUCCCAACAUGGCGUCACCCAUCAUGGAGCCACCCAACAUGGCGGCACCCAUCACGGAGCCACCCAACAUGGCGGCUCCCAACAUGGCGUCACCCAACAUGGCGCCCCCCAUCAUGGCGUCCCCCAUCAUCCUGGUGUCCCCCCCACAUCCGAGGGGCCGUUGAAGCGCCACGUUGAGCUGCCAGGACCUGGGGGCAAGAGGGCACGGCUGGAGGACAACGACAACGGCCACAUCCUGAUGCAGCCGCUGGGACCAGACCUAAAGGAGGAACCCGAUGAGCUCAGCGACAGCGCGGGGUCGCCCCCCGGCUGCAGCCCCCCCCCAAGUGAUGGCGCCGUGGAGCCUCCCUGGGCUGUGUGUGCAGAGGCCUGGCGGGCCGUGAUGGAGAAGGUGGAGGAGGCGCGAGCACAACGCCGAGGAUGGCACAGCUCUCAUUCACGGGGAGGGG